AUGGCACGACCUACGCACUUUCUGUCGAUACCUCUCGGACAAGUACACCCGACGCUUCGUGCCAAAGUUGCCGAACCUCAUGCCGCCCUCAAUCUUCCUGUACCAGACUGUACGCUGCUCGCUGGUCCUCGGCGCGUACAUCUCACCCUCGGCGUCAUGAAUCUCACCCCCGAGACCCUUCCGACUGCACUCGACCUCCUGCACCGCCUAUCGACUCUCCUUCUGCUCACAGAUAUGGCCCCGACCGUUACCCUUGACACGCUCGAUGUCCUCAGAAGGGAAUCCCGACGUCGUGCCCAUGUCCUAUGGGUUGGCCCAUCUCAGCCUGAACCUUUGUUCAGCCGGAUCAACGAGAUCUUCCGUAUGCUGGAAUGCUUCGGCAUGCAGGAGAGUGAGUUCUCUGAGCUCCCGAUGGCAGUCACGAUGGGCUCGUACGACGCGCCGAGAGUUCACCUCUGUGAGAUGGGAAGCUGGGAUACGGACGGCGCAUCGAUAGACAGCAACGACCUGACGUACAUCAACUACCACCACAAGCGUCGCCGUAAAGACAAGAGUAUCUUCCUUACCAGGUCCCUAGCACUGAAGCCUGCUCCCAAAGUCGUCCUACGUGAUGCAACUAUCCACUUCCCUCUCAUUCGUCCUACCGUACACCUUCGUAUUCUGGGAUCGUGGAUCAGCGUCUGGAACGGAAACGCAUAUCUCCCUUUCGGCCCGCGUCUUAGGUGCACCCCUGAACGGCUCCCAGAAAUCGAGGCGAACAACCUCAAGUUCACUCGUCGUUCUCGUGGAAACACAAUUCCCUACGUUCUUGACGCCAUUCUCGAAGACGAUCCCGGGAUGCCUUCGUCGCCGGAGUUCAUCCUAACAUGGGAGACCAAACUUGAAGCUUGA